AAAGCCGCCGAGUUGAGACUGCAAGUGGCACAGUCUUGGAGUGACCGCCGCGGUCGUCGUACAGUUACUCGGUACCACUCGAUGCCGUUAAUUGACGUACCAUUGGUACUUGUGCUGUGCCGGUGAUACAAGUGAUUAGUUUUGGGUGCUUAAAAGCGGUAAACAGAUGGUUCAAACCGGUAGGUGAUUGGCCGAAAAGACGAGGUACUUGGAUGGUACCACUUAACACAACUGGUACUUUUGGCCUUUUGGACGUUUAAUGGUACGCAGCGCCGCAAAUAAUUAGCCUCAAGGUCUUACAAUGGAGCAGCUCGUGGCACCUCCGCUACCUCCGAAGACUCGGUCCCCUCCAGCCUCCACGCCGGUACAACACUCGCUGCAAAGCUCUCAUUCUCCCAGUCACGUCGUCAAGAUCCGCAUCAACCCCACCGAGGAGGUGUCAUGCCCGCCGUGCAUCCGCAUCAGCGUCAACUCCUCGGAGAUGAUGUCCCGGCCGUACUUUUUCUACAACGUGAUGUCCAGCGGCCAGACGUCGCCGAGUGACACCCUGGACUCGGGCACGUGCAGCGACUUGGACGGCACGCCGCCCCCCAAGAAGAACACCUCGGUGACGCUCAUCCAGCACCAGAGGACGGCCUCGCUGACGGACAGCGACAACGACUCGUGCGACUCGGGCAAGGCCUCGCCGAAGCCGCUGCCCCAGACGCUCCUCCAGGACAUCCGCAAAAGUGUCGUGGUCAAGAGCUACGAGGAGCGCAAGGAGGAGCAGAAGGAGGUGAAGCCGAUUCUCGACACCGAUAUGUUCUACAAGUUUCAUCUGAAUGAGCAUGUGAGUGAGGACAAUGAUGUGCCGAAAGUCGUCGAGGACGAGACUUUUGCCGGGUAUAAAGACCUCCUCGGAGACGGUGCCGCGACCAUUAGGAGCGCUAAAGGGACAGUAAGGGGGGUCAAAAACCGGGUCAGAGCGGGAAUUGCCACUUUCCUUCAAAUUAAUUCCGUUGCGAAGAAUUACAAAGAAAAGGACGCCGGCAAAGUGGUGGUGUACACGACGACGAUGGGAAUCCUGAGAGAGACGUACCAGGCGUGCAUGAAAGUCAAGCAAAUCCUCCGCACCCUUCUUAUCAAGUUCGAAGAACGAGACGUCUUCAUGAGCACCGAAUACCAGAACGAGAUAAGGGAACGCAUGCGUUGCGACCAAAUACUCGUGCCACAGGUGUUCGUCGACGGGCAACACGUUGGGGACGCCGAGACAAUAGAGAGAUUAAACGAAUCCGGGGAGCUGAGGAGAAUAUUAAAACCUUUCAAGAGUAUGGACGCAUGUACGACCUGCAAGGUUUGCGGUGGGUACAGGCUUCUGCCGUGCCAGGUUUGCAACGGUAGCAAGAAGUCGGUCCAUCGAAAUCACUUUACAACCGAAUUUGUGGCUCUCAAAUGUAUGAACUGUGAUGAAGUCGGUUUAGUCAAGUGCAGUGCAUGCUAAGUGGAACCCCCGGGAACUCCGGGACACCGGACGAAACAACAUGCCAUAGAUCGAGGGUCCGACGUGGUGACAACAGUGCAAUUUUGAUAAUCUUAAGGCUUAUACCGAUACGACUUAUUUUAACUAGACUAGGUAAUUAACAUUAUUAUAGGUUUACUCAUUUGUAUAAAUGUUAUUUUGUGUUGAAUAAAACGCAAAAAUAA